AUGUCGACACCACCAUCACUUGAAAGUUUGAACGCAGCAAUCAGUGUCCUAGCACAACAAGUGACACAACUAAAUAACCAAGUUAACCCAACGCCGGAAGCUAAUUUCGCGCCAUUAGAAAUUAGAAACCCCACGACGGGGCACAUUGCUCAGGUGUCGCACGAGGAUCCGUUGGCUCUUCUAAAAACUAUAAACGACUACGAUGGAAACCCGAAUCUCCUUAACCAUUGGCUGAAUAAAUACCAGCAAGAAAUUAUCAAAGAAGAUCAUCCAACCAACCGAAUAACAAUUUUCAACAACAAAGACAAGAUCAAAGAUUUCAGUAUCAACAACAAGGUACUUUAUACCAACAACGACAACACCAACGAGAUUUCCAACCGUUUCAAAGACAACAACACAGUUUUGAGCUACGAGAAUUUCAACCAUUUCAAAGACAACAACGAAGUUUUGAGCAACGAGAAUUUCAACCAUUUCAAAGACAACAACGAGGUUUUGAACAACGAGAAUUUCAACCACAUCAACUGCGAGAUUUACAACAAUUACAACAACAACGAGAAGUCCAACCAUUCCAACAACAGCAACAUGAGAACCAACAGUUCCAGCAACAACUUCAGCGUGAUCGAGAGCUAA